AUGCUGGAUAUGCAUUACACGAAGUUUGGACCCGAGGUGCACAACUUUCACUACAAAGAAGCAGAGGUUCUACACGUCAUUCGAGUGGAUGCUCCAGGAAUCAUUGUGGCUGACGUCCGAAGGCGGCUUGAUCUGAUACAACGACUUGAUCAACAUUUUGUGACACUCGGAAGGCCACCGGAAAAACGAUUCGUCUUUUUGGGAGACUAUGUUGACCAGGGUGCAAUGAGUCUUGAAUGUGUGCUACUAUUUGCCCAUAAAGUACAAUAUCCGGAUCACGUCUACUUGUUGGAAAUCACGAGUGCGCGCGAACAAACAAAUAAUAUGGAUUUAAAAAAGCUUGCCUUGCACAGACGCAAUUCGAUGGGAGUGAUCACGUUGUUUUCGGCAUCCGCUUAUACAAAUCAAUUUAAAAAUGCUGGUGGUGUGCUUUAUGUAAACGAGAAGCUGGACUGUCAACUCGUUGUCUACGUGCCUGAUUGUGGACCCAAAGGGGCAAAGAACCGCGUGGAAAGAAUGAAUCGACUG